AUCAUCUGCCAUUGCGAUUGCGCAUCAACAUACGGCAAACGUGAAAUGUUACUUUGUUUUUUCAUGUCUAGACAAAUAUAAUUAUUGACAGUUCUGUCAUCAGGCUUGAUCAGGCAUAGGGCGAAUUUCAACUAAUCAUUGUUGAACAAUGGAAAUAUAAUAUCUUGUAGCUGUUUAACAAUGUGUUGCAGUGACUGAUCUUCACAGAAGGAAAGGUUAUUUGAUGCACGUUUGAGGAAAGGUGAGAAAAUAAGAAUGCUGCAUCGGCCCUGUAAUCUCGUAAAGUUUAUUCGAAACGUGACGUGCCGGUAUCAUGCCGAUCAAUUGUGCAUAUUCCAAAUUGGAUUGGUUAGAAGACAUGCCAGUAUUUUGAUAGUGCCCAAGUAUAGUACGCAACAUAACAAAGUACACACAAAUUCUCAAGUUUUUGAAUUCACAGUCUUUGCUAACAGAAAGAUAGGCAGGCACGGCGAUUGUAGAUGGAUUUGCGUGACAAAAUUAUUAUCUGAUGAUGCAAAAUUUAAUAAAGAUAAGUCUGAAGCAAAACUAGCUGAGGAGGUUCAGCAGAGAAUAAUAGAGUUAAAUGAAGAGAAGCUAGGCCAAUUAAAAGAACGAGUAUUAGACAUAGAACCAGUUGUUUCCAAGGAAAAGGAGGAGGCAGCAAAAGGACAGGCACCAAAGUUUGUUGAGAAACAGACUACAGAAUUCAAAGAAUCAUUGAAAAAUGACGUUGCACCGAAAAAAGCAAAGAAGAAAGUUAGGGUUGAUAAGUCAACAUCUUCCUUAGAACGUAACUUUAUUACGCCUGUGAGAGCUAUGGCAGACUUUUUAUUAAAACCUUCUGAUCUGGAGACUUUGCCGAAGACAAAAAGACGUUCUCCAUAUGAACUUGAACCACCUAUUACGGUGUAUUGGAGGAAAGACGUUGAGGCUAAAGCUUUAGAAGUUUGGGGAUCCAAAGAGGCUUUGCUAAAGGAACUUCUGAAAAAGGAAGUUGAACGGAAGAUUUAUCAACAAAAUGUUUUUACGGUCAAGCGAAGGUUGAGAGAUUAUAGACGAGAAAUCGGUAGCAAAACAGAAAUAGUUCAGAAGGAAGGUCUUUUUGGAAGAUCUGGCAAAGUUGUAUUGACUGCAAUUGCUAUAAAUGCUAGUAACUUCUUGUGCAAGUUAAUCGCUUGGUUAUAUACUGGCUCGCACAGCAUGUUUUCCGAGUGUGUACAUUCAGCAGCAGAUACUUGUAAUCAACUGAUUCUAGCAUACGGUAUUCACAAAUCCGUGCAGAAUCCUAAUCCUGAUCAUCCGUAUGGCUACACAAACAUGAAGUACGUUUCUUCAUUGAUAUCGGGUGUCGGAAUCUUUUGUGUUGGCACUGGUCUUUCCGUUUACCACGGAAUUCACGGUCUUCUUUUUCCUGCGCCAUUAGAUUCUUUCUUUUGGGCAUACUUCGUCUUGGGUGGAUCCCUCCUAUCUGAAGGGGCGACUUUAAUGAUAGCAUUGCACUCUAUAAAAAGAGGCGCGGAAGAGAAAAAAGAAAGUCUCAAACACUUUGUCCUGGAAGGACACGAUCCAUCUGUGAAUGUUGUGCUUAUGGAAGACUUUGCAGCUGUGCUCGGAGUCAUUGUCGCAGGUGCGUGUAUGGGCUUGACCUCAUAUUUAGAAAAUCCAAUGUUCGAUGCUAUUGGUUCGCUUUUAGUUGGCGGUUUACUCGGUGGAGUGGCAGCUUUUAUAAUCAAUUCGAACGUCGCUGCACUCAUAGGAAGGAGUAUAUCACAAGAGAAUCUCGAUAAGAUCAAUGCAGUAUUGGAAGCGGACAUAAUGGUUCGCGCAAUUCAUGAUGUGAAAGGUAUCGACAUGGGUAAUAAUUUAGUUAGAUAUAAAGCCGAAAUAGAUUUUGAUGGUCGAGAACUGACAAGAUCUUAUCUGGAUAAGCACGAUCUUAAUGCAAUGUUAGAGGAAGUGAAAAAUAUGCAAAAUAUCGAUGAGUUAGAGGCAUUUUUAUUGAAACACGGCGAAAAUAUUGUAGAUAUGCUUGGUGGAGAAAUUGACAGAAUAGAAUUAAAAUUAAAGAAAAAUCAUCCAGAAAUACGGCAUUGUGAUUUAGAAAUUCUAUAAUGACUUAUUGAUAUAGUCUCUUAAGUUGAAUCUAAAUGAAGCUAAAGAUGUAAAUUAUAUUAUUUUAACGAGAGAGAGAUAUAAGGAAUUAUUUUAAUAUAAUUACUUAGACAGAUGGUUUUGUUAUAGGGUACAUGUUGUAUUUUAUGUAGUAUUUAAUACUAAAGAGAAAGAGAGAGAGAGAGAGAGAGAGAGAGAGAGUGUGUGACGAAGAUCAAUUUUUGUAAAGAUUUUAUGUAUGUAUGUAGAUUCUAUGGACAUUAUAUACCAUUCAGUAUAAUAAAUCAAAUGUCAACAGACAUUUCUUAAAUAUAUA